AAUAAAUUUGAGUAAAAAAAAAAAUUCCAAGUUUUUUGACAUGCUUAUAUGUAUUAGAGGAAAGAGGACCUAACUGGACCUCAAGGACAGAGGAAACGGUGAGUGAGCCUAAAAUGAUGACUUCAGUUUUACUUACAUUUAACUGCAGAAAAUUGUUAGCCAUCCAACAUUUUAUGUCUUCAAGACAUUUAUGGAGGGACACAAAAGGGCUGCUGCAAUUUAACCUAACUGGUAAAUAAAAGUGGGUGUCAUCUGAAACCAAAAACUCUCUGUUGUGUAGCUACACUUUUUCUAAAGCCUGAACUCGCUCUCUCUGUAAAGCCACACCCACUCUCUGUUAUACAUUAUAACAUGCAUAGAACCAGGAAGUUCAUUUCAGAGAAGACAAAACUUAAAAAAAGCUCUCUCUCUCUCUCUAUCUGUCUGUGUGUGUGUGUGUGUGUGUGUGUGUGUGAGUGCAGAAAAAUGGCAGAGGCCAAUAUUUCAGUAGAUCAGUUUUCGGUGGAUCACUUCACCUGUCCAGUGUGUCUGGAUCUCCUGAAGGAUCCAGUGACUACUCCCUGUGGCCACAGUUUCUGUAAAGUGUGUAUUAAUGGCUUCUGGGAUCAGGAGGAUGUGAAGGGUGUCUACAGCUGCCCCCAGUGUAGAGAGACUUUCACUCCAAGGCCUGUUCUACACAGGAACAACAUGCUGGCUGAAGUGGUGGAGAAACUGAAGAAGACUGAACUCCAAACUGCUCACUGUUACGCUGGACCUGGAGAUGUGGAGUGUGAUUUCUGCACUGGGAGAAAACACAAAGCUCUCAAGACCUGUCUGGUGUGUCUGGCCUCCUAUUGUGAAGAUCAUCUUCAACCUCACUAUCAGUCUCCUGCCUUUAGGAAACACAAGUUAGUUGAAGCCUGUGCUGAACUCCAAGAGAAGAUCUGCUCUCAGCACGACAAACUGAUCGAGAUCUACUGUCGUACUGACCAAAGCUUCAUCUGUUAUCUGUGUAUGAUGGAUCAGCACAGAGGCCAUGACACAGUUGCAGCUAAAGCAGAAAGAACUGAAAAACAGAAUGAGCUAAAAGAGGAGCAGAUGAAAUCCCAGCAGAGGAUCCAGGAGAAGCAGAAGAAGGUGCAGGAGCUGAAACAGACUGUGGCCACUAUUAAGAGGAGUUCACAGGCAGCAGUAGAUGACAGUGAGAGGAUCUUUACUGAGCUGAUCAGCUCCAUGGAGAAAAAGCGCUCAGAGGUGACGGAGAUGAUCAGAGCUCAGGAGGAAGCUGAACUGAGUCGAGCUGAACGACUCCUGAAGCAACUGGAGCAGGAGAUUGCUGAUCUUAAGAGGAGAGUCACUGAGCUGGAGCAGCUUUCACACACACACGAUCACAUCCACUACCUCCAGAGUUUCCCGUCUCUCUGUGUUCCUCCUGGAUGUGAGGACUCACCCAGCAUCACUGUCAAUCAACAUCUCUCAUUUGAUGGAGUGAGAAAAUCUCUCUCAGAUCUGAAAAAACGAGUUGAGGAAGUCUGGGAGGAGGAAUUCAUCAGAAUCCGUCCACAAGAUUUCUGUUAUCUGACUCUGGACCCCAACACGGUACAUCGUCAACUCGUUCUGUCUGAGAAGAACAGAGUGGUGACACGCAGUGGGACAGAACAGCGAUACUCUGAUCAUCCAGAGAGAUUUGACUACUUGUCUCAGGUGUUGUGUAAGGAGAGUGUGUGUGGACGCUGUUACUGGGAGGUGGAGUGGAGCGAUGGUGUGUACAUAUCAGUUUCAUAUAAAGAGAUCAGCAGGAAAGGAGAGGAUUAUGAGUCUAGGUUUGGAUGCAACAGUCAGUCCUGGAGUCUGUGUUGUUAUUCUUCCUCUGUUUUUUUCUGGCACAAAGGAAUUAAGACUCAGCUCCGGGAUCCAGCAUCUUCUAGAAUAGGAGUGUAUGUGGAUCACAGUGCAGGAACUCUUUCCUUCUACAAUGUCUCUGACACGAUGAGGCUCCUCCACAGUGUCCACACCACAUUCACUCAUCCUCUAUACGCUGGGUUUUGGCUUCCUUUUUAUAAUUCAACUGUGAGGUUAUGUGAUCCAAGAUGAAAUGUUAGUAAAAUUAAAACUGGGAUAUCAGAUUCAGUAUAUAUAGAUAUCAGUAGGGUAGAGUUCCUAAAUGAAUUUGUGUUGGCCUGAGAGAGCCUGUUAAAAUGCUUAAAGAGCUGGUUAAACAAUACUACAACAUACUACAACGUAUCGUCAUCAGUGCUGUGGCUCUCGGCAUGCAUGUUUUGUUUACACGGUUACAUGUGUGUUGUUAUUAUUUGAAUAUUGUUUCCACUCCUGUCCUAUCAUGAGUUACUCUCUCUAUUGUGUCAUGAUUGUGUGCACCUGUUUUGCAUCAAUUCCUGAUUAAUUUGUGUAUUUGAGCCCUUCUGUGUGUCUCAUUGUGUUUUGUCUUAUCAUGCCUUAAAGCCAUUAAAUUCUUAGCAGUGUUUCCAUGUCAUGUUUUUCUUGUGUUUCUAGAUGUAUGUUUCCUUGUUCCAUGUUUUCCGUGUGUUCUAGUUUGACCUCUCGCUCUCUUUUUUACAUCACUGCCUGUUUAUUUGAUUUAUGAUUAUGGAUUAUUCCUGUGUGACAUUGCCUGCCUCCCCACCAUGGACUGUGAUUAUGAUUUGUGGCUUACCCCAGUAAAAUUAU